UUCAAAAAAUCACUCACCUCAGAGAUGCCGGGUUCUUCCGGACAGCCGGGCUCGCAGACGAUAAAGAAGGGCCACAGAGGAGUGGAUUCCACGGGGGAGACCACCUAUAAAAAGACAACGUCGUCGGCCUUGAAAGGGGCCAUUCAGCUGGGAAUUACGCACACAGUUGGGAGCUUGAGCACCAAACCUGAAAGGGAUGUUCUCAUGCAAGAUUUCUACGUCGUAGAAAGCAUUUUCUUCCCCAGCGAAGGCAGUAACCUGACCCCAGCUCAUCACUACAACGACUUCCGUUUCAAAACCUACGCUCCGGUGGCGUUCCGCUAUUUCCGGGAGCUCUUCGGGAUCCGACCGGAUGACUACCUGUACUCGCUCUGCAACGAUCCUCUCAUCGAGCUCUCCAACUCUGGCGCCAGCGGGUCCCUCUUCUACGUAUCCAGCGACGACGAGUUCAUCAUCAAAACGGUUCAGAACAAGGAGGCUGAGUUCUUGCAGAAGCUGCUACCUGGCUACUACAUGAACCUGAACCAGAACCCGAGGACGCUGCUGCCCAAGUUCUACGGCUUGUACUGUGUCCAGGCUGGGGGCAAGAACAUCCGCAUCGUCGUCAUGAACAACCUGCUGCCCCGCUCCGUGAAAAUGCACCUCAAGUACGACCUGAAGGGCUCCACCUACAAGCGCCGGGCGUCCCAGAAGGAGCGGGAGAAGGUCUUCCCGACCUACAAGGACCUGGAUUUUAUGCAGGACAUCCCCGACGGGCUGUUUUUAGACUCCGACAUGUACAGCGCCUUGUGCAAAACGUUGCAGAGAGACUGUUUGGUCCUGCAGAGUUUUAAAAUCAUGGAUUACAGUUUGCUCGUGGCAAUCCACAACAUGGACCAGGCGCAGAGGGAGCACGCCAUGGCAGACGGGACAUCCCAGACGGAUACGCGCCGACCCGCUGCCCAGAAGGCCCUGUAUUCCACAGCCAUGGAAUCGAUCCAAGGAGAAGCUCGGCGAGGUGGCACCAUAGAAACAGAUGACCAAAUGGGAGGCAUUCCAGCCCGCAAUGCCAAAGGGGAGAGACUGCUCCUCUACGUCGGCAUCAUCGAUGUGUUGCAGUCGUACAGAUUUAUCAAGAAGUUGGAGCACUCUUGGAAAGCCCUUGUACAUGAUGGAGACACCGUAUCCGUGCACAGACCCAGCUUCUACGCCGAGAGGUUCCAACGCUUCAUGUGCAGCACAGCGUUCAAGAAAAUACCGUUAAAGCCUUCUCCCUCUAAGAAGAGCCGCUCGGGCACGACGGUUCCUCGGCGGAGCUGCCAAGGAGGAGUGCCCUCCCUGUCACACGUGUCCUACGAGACAAAAGCACAAGUGACAACAGAGGUGGACGUGGAGCAAGGUUCCCACCUUGGGCGUCCAGAUCUCCUGCCCAGGACACUGCCGGUGGAUGAAGCCAACAGCGAUUCCGUCGCAACGACCCUGUCCACCUCUUCCUUGGGCAGCGGGGGCCUCAACUCUCCUGCAAACAGGUCAGUGGGCGUGCAAGUGCAUAAAGCUGACAGCUCAGCAAAGGAUUUGCCUAGAACAGCUCCUGGCAUCAUCUUGUCUAGUGGAUCCCCGGGACCUUCCAUACCGGAGCGCUCCUCAGAACUGAGAGAACAACUUGAAGACCUGCAGGAAACGGAGAUAAGCUUUUGAAGCACCACCGAGACGGUCGGGAUGGAAGC